AAAAAAAAAAAUGCGUGAGUCUGGGAAGUUUGGUGAAUGUCGUGCGUUGGCAGAUUCUCCUAUUCUGGCGACCGAUCCUUCACUUUGAAUUUACAGUUUUUUUGCAGUCUUUGCUGCUUUUUCUUUCUUUAUUUUUUUGUUUCAUAAGUGUGGCACAUUGGAGAUAAAGUGGGAUGGCAUCGUACCAGGGAUCUGCCCAUCGAUGGAGCUGAAGUUGUGCGUGCUGGGGUUUUGAAUCAUCCGAGGGGAUUCAUAUUGAAUAUCAUUUAUCUGCGAGCAGAGGACGAGGAGUUAAAAAGCAAGAGUGGAUCCAUCCCAGCUGUGAAGCCUUUUCGUGUUUCUCAAUCAUUUCAGUUUUAAUUACCAGCCGACAUAGAGGAAGCGACCACUAACACCAUUCUGCAACAUUGGGACUUUUUCUUUUAAUGCCUCUUGUGGAGCCAUAGUGUGAGUUUAUACUGAGCUUAAAUCACUUUUUAAAGCCAAGUAAUCUUUUCCAUCACUAUAACAUUCCGUUUUGACGAGAUAAUUGUGCAAUUUGUUUUUCAACAAAUAUCAUAAACUACAUGGUAAAUCCCCUCCAGUGACUUCAGUAUUUGUCAUAGCUGAGAGCAGACGUGGUGUUUUCUUCCAUGCCCGUCCUGUGGCCCUUAAGAAGCUCGGUGGACCUCAGUCUCUACACACUUGUCGGGCAUGGGAGAAGCGACCCCUGCUCAGUCUGCUGCAGGGGCCUUCGUCCCCAUGUUGGGGGUGGGUUUAGGAGCCAUGCCCGGGCCGGUGGUGGCCCCCUCCAGAGGCUCCGCGGUCCCUCAGCUGCACAGCGCCAUCGUGGAGCGUCUGAGGGCCCGCAUAGAGCUGUGCAGGAGACACCACUCCACCUGCGAGAACCGCUACCAGAGGGGCCAGGCCGAGAGCUCCGACCGGGAGCACGAGAGCACGCUUCACCUGCUCAACAUAGUCCACCAAGGGCCUGGGAACCGAAAGGCAAAGGGCGGCCGGGGAUCGAACCAGCAACCGCCUGAGUACAACAGGGCCAACGGAGAGCAAAAGGGCGCAGAGGGCGAGCAGAAGAUAUCCACUCGCAUAGCGCUUCAAGGAUCAUUGCGAAGGAAGAUUGAGGGACAUGCACCAGGACACGCACCAAAGCAGAAUGGGCUCUCCUGUGGUUUCUCUGGAUCAGACUUUAAACGGAUGCGUGUGGAUACCGGUGGUCUUGGACAUGGGGCCUGCAACCACAACUUAACCCAGUCUCAUUCUCUGCAAGGGACCUCAACCAUGGGCAUGCAGAGGAAGAAUUACAUGAUGCCCCAUGGGGUGGGCUCAGACAUAUUCAACAUGACCCUGAAAGAAAUGAAAAAAGAGCCCAUUGAGGUCCAGUCUUGUGGCCAGUCAAAUGCAGAGAUGAUUUUUGACUUCAAAGAUGAAGGUGGUGGUCAGAUCGACCCAGAUCUCCAGGAUCUUUUUGAUGAGCUGACAAAGACCGUGCCCACGCUGAAUGAUCUGGAGUUUGAGAAGAUGCUGAAGCAGGAUGAUACAUUCGGUUUGGAUCUAGGUCGGCCCAGCUCAGCAGGAGCAGCUGCCAGUCUGUGUUCCCCAAUGGACAAGCCGAUAAAGAUGGAGCACUCCCCAGAUUUUGGCCAGGUUCAUUGUGGCUCGCCACAGCUUCGACCAGCCUCAGCAGGACCUUCUUUCACGUUGACCAGCACCUCUUCUACCAACACAUCGCAGAAAGCUAACACUCAGGCAGGCCACCCCAGAGCCCUGCCCUGCUGGCCAGAAAUAUCCCACGCAGAGCAGCUGAAGCAGAUGGCGGCAAACCAGCAGCAGCCGAGCUCUCUGCUCCAUCACCACCACCAAACACCACCCGCAGGGUUGACCAACUGGCCUCCUACCAUGAGCACCCACUCGUCCACAAGCGCCUUCCCCCAGGACAAGGUCUCUACCUCGGCCUCGCUUAGCCAGCAGAGGAUUGGCUCUCAGAGUAAAGGGAUCAACAACUGCCUCUUCAAGUCAAAUGGCCACAAUGGCUCCCACCACUUGGACAUGAAGGGUCUCAGCACCAAGCCCACGUUACAUUUCAGCCCCAAAGCACCCCAUUCAGCCAGCCAGCCGAUGCCUGUUAUGGCAAGCUCGGUGAGCAAGACUUCAGCCCAGCAGCAACAGUUGCCUUUGACUGGCCAGAAUCAACCACAUUCAGCCCUCCACUUCCAGAACCAACAGAUCUCCACAUCAGGGGCUCUUUGCCUGCAACCCAAGCCGGUUCCUGCAGGGCUGCCAUUCAAACUGUCGCAACAGCGUCAGGGUGUUCCUCCUGGUCCGAGGCUGCCCACCAAUGGAAACCUAGGAGUCAUGUCAACCCAGUCGCAGCCACGAGUUCCAGCACCCAUCAACCAGCAGAAGGGUCCAGCCAAAACCCAGGCCAUGCAGAGACAGCUUAAUCAACAACAGCACCCCAUUAGCAAUUCAGACAAAGACAAUGCACAUGAUCAGUUCAAUCGUCAUCUCACAAGACCGCCGCCUGAUUACAAGCAGGCAAGAGGCAUGGUGGGAGUUCAACAAGGAAACAUCUUCACAGGUCAAAAUUCCUCCCAGUCUUCCAGCAAUGGCCCUGAGAAUGACAUACAGUCCAUGUCAUGUCAUCUCUCAAGUGGGUCUGGUUCUAAGAUAAGUCCAUCGGACCGCAGAUUUGGUAUUGCAACUGAUUGUCGUCCGAGUUCGUGUAUCGGCCAAUUCCAGCAACAUAACAAUCCGAAUCGAAUUGGACUAAAUCAAAAUAAAGCUAGGUUCCUGGGUCCUAACACGCAUGGAAAUUCUUUUGGGAUGAACAAUGUAGCAGGUGUACAACACCCAAGAACGACAGCUGACAUGCAUUCCUCGGGGCUACCAGGACAGGGUCUAGGAGGCUUGAUGAAAAAUGUCAACAUGGGCUGGGGCUCGGCCAACAAGCAAGUGACAACUGGACUCGGUGUUAGGCGGCUACCCAAUCCACUACAGUCUCAGGGUGCGCAGAUGGACAUGCCAAACCUCCCAUACCCACAGAGGAUCAUAGGCCCUCCCAACCAGGUAGCACCAGACAUUGGGAUGCUCCCUCUUAACCCUUCGAUAAGAGACACAGGCCCAAGACCAAGCCAGCCAAUGAUGGGAUCUCCAUCAGCAGUGGGGAACCUGAACCAGGCCUCUCCUGAACAGAGGGUACCAGCAGGCCACUUUGCAGAGCCAAGUCCAAGCAAUAGCAGCUACCAGAAUAACCGGGCCAACAGACUGACCUUUGACUUCCUCCCCGAGGGAGAUAACACAGUUCCAGGGAUCAACACAGAUUCAGACUUCAUAGACUCUCUGCUCAAGUCUGGCUCUGGGAAUGAUGAUUGGAUGAAAGAUAUAAAUUUGGAUGAGAUUCUGGGCAGCCACUCUUGAAUUUGGGUCACAGAUUGCUAAAGAUCAACCCGCUGCUCAAUGUAUGGAGGUUAUGGAUGAAAGAUGUAAGGAGAAACAUUUGUAAAUAAUGUUAAAAUGGAAUUUUAUAAACUCAUAUUAUUUGUUAUCCAACUAUACUGUAUGUUUUGUAUUGUAUUUACUGUGAAAUGAAUUUGUGUUCUGUCCUUAGUACUCUUCAUAUUUUAUCCCUGGUGUAUUGGCCAAGAAACUACUUUUCUUUUCUUUUUUUGCAGUCACUGUUUUUGUGGUCUGUUUGUCAUACUCAUGCUGUAGUGCUGUAUAGGAUAAAAUACCAAAUUCACACUGUGAAAAGAAGACAUUGCUGUGUUGCUUUUCAAGUUCAUGCUGAUAAUCCAAGUUAAGUUUCUAAAUCUGCAUCCACUAUAUAGCAUGAUAUGGUAUUUACUUUCAAAAGUUUUGCUACCAUACACACAGAAAAUCUUGCCACAACAAAUGUUUUCUUACUUAUUGUCCAAGCUUUUUCAUCUGUGGUAGUUUUUGAUGCAACUUAAGUAAUGUAACCAUUCUUUUUUUCAUGUGGUAUUUAAUAAUUAUUGGGAUAGUAAUGUGACAUUAUGAUACAUGUAAUUAUUAAAAUGUAUUUCAAUAAAUGAAU